UUUUAGUGUUGUUUCAACAUGCAUCUUUAAAAAUUCCUCUAACAAUUUUUAUAAUAUUUUUAUUUGUUUUAAUUAAUAAGAUAGAUUAUGUUAAAUCACUCCACGAAACAUAACACAAUGUCUGCAAGAUGAACACUCAUAGCAAUUUAAAGCUUUUCCUCAUUUGUGGAUUGUGCCUUUGUACUGGUGGUUUAAUUCUUCUUAGCAUUUUACCUUUAAAUUCCGACUGUGAUUGUCCUAAUAAUAUACCCGGUGUUUCAUUAAAAUCAAAAAAUGAUAUUCCUAGUGACACACUCACCAUCAAUUCCGGGUCCACUCACAAACUAGCAAUUUUAGUUCCAUUUAGAGAUCGUUUUGACGAACUCUUGCAAUUUGUGCCACAUAUAACAGACUUCCUGCGACGCCAGAAUGUUAACCAUCAUAUUUUUGUGCUCAAUCAAGUCGAUAGAUAUCGAUUCAAUCGAGCUUCACUCAUAAAUGUUGGUUUCCUAUUCACAAAAUUAAAUUUUGAUCACAUUGCAAUGCAUGAUGUUGAUCUUCUGCCAAAUAACGAUAAACUGAUAUAUAAGUAUCCUGAGAAGGGACCCCAUCAUAUAGCAUCGCCAGAGUUCCAUCCAAAGUAUCAUUAUGAAACUUUUGUUGGGGGUGUUUUGUUGGUUAAGAGGGAACAUUUUCAACUCAUGAAUGGAAUGUCCAACAGGUAUUGGGGUUGGGGACUCGAGGAUGAUGAGUUUUAUGUUCGAAUAAAAGAUGCAGAGUUGGAGGUCACACGACCUAAGAAUAUAGGAACAGGAGUGAAUGAUACAUUUCGACAUAUCCAUAACAGACUUCACCGGAAACGAGAUACUCAAAAAUGCUUCAACCAAAAGGAAGUAACACGCAAACGAGACCGACAAACUGGACUCGACACUCUCCAAUACAACAUAAGUGGAGUCACCAGUCUGACUAUCAAUGCAAUUCCCAUAACCGUUGUCAACAUAAUUCUGACUUGCGACAUGAAGACAACACCCUGGUGCGAUUGUUCCGGGGUUGCGGCUGCCGCUAAUGCUCCUACAUGA